CGUAUAGUGGCUUUUGAAUUUGGCUAUUGAUACUAGGGUUUGCUCAGGGUACUCCGUACAGUCAUAAAGAGUGAUAAUAAGAACCGCAAGCCGCAACCCCGCUAAUCCCAUUGCCCCCGUCUCUCUUCCGCUCUGUAAGGAUGUCCCUUAUCGAGACUCACCACCUCUCCUACCUCCCUGAAUCCCAUCCGGUACAUGUCGCGCUGUAUCGCGAUCUGCAGAAUGCAUCCUUUCUCCGGGAACAGCUUCUAGCUGGAAACACUGAAUUUGAGUAUGCAUUCAUUGAUGCCAGCAUGAUCUUCUCCCGAAAUCAUAUUUUUGCAGCAAUAUUCAGAGCAGUUCGCGAUUACAUCAAUAACCGUCUGAAAUCGAAAAAUGUUCACUCGGAAAUAGUAUUCUCGCUAGGAGGUAGCAACAAUAUUGCCGAUGCAUUUCGCAGAUUCGGCAUAUCAGAGAGCACGCGAGAUCUUCUCGUGGUAAAAGUUUCAACCGCACCAGAGAUCACUCACGAGAGUGUAUCCAAACAUCUGGAGCACAACAUCAAAGCUCUCCCUUGCCCUUUUACAGAGGAGUCCUUGGCUUCAAUGACCGAUAGGGCGAGGCUAAGGAAAGUAUACAAGUUUGGCUCGGUCGGAGCUGACACGUUUAAAAGGCUGGACGAGGUUGAGCAAGGCAAGAACGGAAGUGAAACAACAAAGGAGGCCGCCAGGAAACACAUUGAUAUGCUUCUGAUGGGGGCAAUAGCUAUAAGAGGUGCGACAUGAUCGCCUUGGAUAUUCGGGAGCGUUCAAUUGGUUUCCAAGUCAUAACGCCAUUAGCGACAAAUGGUAUAGUGCGCUUCUAUCAUUAAUCGUCAACUUCCUGGACAAUGAAGAAUCAUCGUCGAGCACAACCAAGAUCCAACGCCUAACCAUCGCCGUAAAUCCCGCAGUAACCAAUCUCCAAGAGCCUAAGAAAUGAGUUUAUAUCGCAGGUUGUCAUCAUAAUGGUUUACUUAAAAAGAAAAGGUAUUCCGACUAAGUUGGCUUUUUCCAAGUGCAACAUAUACCCUUGCUCUCACACCAUUCUCUCACGGUGAGUCUGCUAACUUCCCUGUCUUCCCCAACCCGAUCUAAUCCUUCGGUGUUGAGCCAAACGGUUAAGUCUUCCAGCCAGAUCGGAUCGUACAUGAGAAUCUUUUCGAGCCAGGUCGGUCGCUUCAUUCCAUUAAUAGCGGUCAUUCGUGGUUGUGCUUUUAUGGCUCUGGUUAUUUGUUGGUUUAUAUCAGAAGGGUCGGACGUCUUUUCUUCAGUACUAGCUUGAGAGAUCGUUCUUAGAAAUAGGGGACUCCCGUCAGGAAUGGAAUUGGCGGAUAGUGGAUGAUAAUUGGUGGAGGAUGUGCGAUUAAGUGACCCUAGAUAAGUAUCUUGAAAGUCAUCACCACUUUCUUCGCUAUCCGGAAUCACAAUAACAGGCUGGGAUGAGGCUUGGGUACUAUCAUGUGGGAGAUAAGCGUGGUUAGGUCUUUCCUGACUGCAAUCGACUUGUUUUGGCCCAGCUUUAGCACUGUGAGAUGUAGACGAA